AUGGUUAUGAAGAAUAAUGCUUCAAAGCCUGUAACAGCGGCCAAGAUUCCCGGUGUGGACCAAGUACAUUACCGGGGAGUAAGAAAACGGCCAUGGGGCCGUUACGCGGCGGAGAUCCGCGACCCUGGAACGAAAACCCGGGUGUGGUUGGGUACUUUCGACACGGCGGAGGAAGCAGCCAAAGCAUACGACACCGCCGCCCUCAACUUCCGGGGCACCAAGGCAAAGAUCAACUUCCCUCCAUCCAUAGACGACGUUGACGGCCAGAGCCCCAGCCAAAGUAGCACCGUCGAGUGUUCCACUUCUUCCCCAGAUGGUCGUCCUCCGUUCCACCGGCCGUUGGAGCUUGAUCUCACGCGCCGCCUAGAUGUUUCAGUCGCUGGGUACCAGUUGUUUCAUAAUGGCGGGCAGCAGACGGUGGCGGUCGUACCCCAUCCCCAUGGCCAGCCGAUUAUGGUGUUCAUGGAUCGAGGUUAUCCGUACUUGUAUAAUCAGUACAAUCCGAAGAUUGAACAGGAAUAUGUGAACAGAUUUAAUGGAGUUUUGAGCGAGUCGGACUCUUCAUCGGUUGCGGAUUGCAGCGCCCCUCGUGAUACGAGCAUGUCGAGAAGAGAGCUUAAUCUUGAUCUAAAUUUAGCGCCACCGGCGGUAGAUGUUUAA